GGCAUACCUUUAACGGACAAAAUGAAAUAGUCACAAAAAGAUUUUUUCGUAAACGGAUACUUAUUCAAACUUCUCUCUAUGUACAAGUUGCACAGUAGUUUUGAUAUGCCUUAUUUGCAUUUCUUUGUCUUCCGUGUUUUCAUCAUUUAAUGGUUAUACCCAUGUAUAGACAUGAUUCGACAGACUUACCGUGACGUGGUUUUCAGAUGACGCACAGACACAGCGGGAAGCGUCAAAUGCGUUUUGACUUCAUGCAAACAGACCACAAAGCCAAUAAAAGUAAGAGCGAAUUUAUUUCGUGUCAGUUUGAAUUGUGAAACCAGCUGAGAAUGGAAAUUGAAAAUCAAAAUAUGUGUGCCUUGGAAACCUUUGAGACUUCGGACAUGUUCGAGUCCUACCUAGCGUCAAUUGUCAUUUGUGUUUUGAUCUUGGAAGCUUUCGUUGUACUAUUCCUUCUUAAAAUGAAAGAUACUUACGAGUCAACCGUUAAACAGCCACAGAAAAAUGGAAAACUCUCCAGACCCCUGGGCUGGUUGGAACGGGUGUUACUGGAAAGAGAAAGAGUGAAUCAAUGGGGAACUGUGUCUUCAGUAUUACUCCUGGAUUCUACGGAAAAACUUAAACAAGAACACUUAAUAAAGGCCCUCAGCUUGCUUCCCAAACGAUUUCCCUUGCUAAGGAUGCGAAUCAACGAGAGCGGCAGUCACCCAUGCUUUGAAGAAAUGGAAAAUCUAGAAACAGUGGACUUUAAAGUCUUGGACGAGAUCAUGGCUGAUGAAUGGGAAAGAGGCUUCGAAGAAGAAAUAAAUGGCCCCUCAUUUAAUACUGAAACGGGUCCUCUGUGGCGAGUAAGGCUACUUAAAGAGACAGUUUACGAAGGGAAAUACCGGAACUCUCUAGUGUUCACAUUUCAUCACGUCAUCUGCGACGCCUUGUCUAUUUUCAAACUUCAACAACAGCUGCUGAAUUUCCUUUCUUCAAUGCACGGUGGAGAACACUUCAAAGUCGAGAGUCUUCCCCUCAGACCUUCUCUUGAAUCGUUGACAUCGAGUGUCGUUACACCCAAUAUUUGGGAAAGACUGUUGUUUUCGAGUGUAUUUGCCUUCCAGCGACUGAAGAACAUCUUUGUCAAGCCAAAGAACUUGUAUCUGUCGUUGUACCCCCCUGUUGCUAAUUCCGAUCCGUCGGUGAUGAAGAAAACUUGUCUCCUUGGUCGCAGUCUGUCUGAGGAGGAUACCAAGCUCUUGAUAAAGAACUGUAAGGCCAACAAGUGUACUGUGCACGGUGCCAUAACCGCUUCCACGCAUCUAGCAAUUGUGCGACUUCUCAAGCAAAAGACAGAUGACUUAAACGCUCAACUCACCGUUGAUUCAUCGUACUCGGUUAGUUUACGCAAGGACUGCCAGCAGAUGGUGAGCAACGACGAUUUCGGAGCUUUCGUCUCUGCAAGUGUGUUAUCCAUUCCAGUGCCCAGUGUUGACCUCACCGACAAGCAAGGAUUUUGGCAGUUUGCAAGUGCGUGUACUCGCGAUGUCCAUACACAGGUGAAUUCUGGAAAACAUAGAAACGCUCUGAAGUUUUAUCAAUGCAUUGACAUUACAUCGUACUGUAAAAUGUCCGAAUAUAAACACAACGAAGGCCGUACAAGCCACAUAUGUAACAUAAAUAAUUACGGAGCGCAGCGCACUAAUCUGAGUGAAGACUGUCCCUAUAAGAUUGCGGGAUCGUAUUUCGGUGUACAGGGCGCGAAAACCGGUCAUACAUUUGGCAACAAUAUUAUUACAGUUGACGGCAAGCUGUACUGGGCGGUGGAGUAUUUUCCACACGUCACCACUAAAACACAAGCAGAAGAUUUUACUGACUUAACCUUGGAAAUUUUAAAGGGGGCUUCUGUAUGAUGGGAGUUGGAUAUUACAAAAAUAUUUUGCGCGUGUGAAAAUCGUGUUGUUAUUUAUACCGUUUAUGACUGAAAUUGUAAAGAUGAAGUUAUAUUUCAACAAACAGCAAAGUUAUUUAAUUUGUUUCAUCAACGUAGUCUCGCAAAUUUCGCGGGACGUUUACCUAUAAUAGCUUAUCGACAAAAUAAAUACGUUUUGUAUAAAUCUUUUUAGAAGACAUUAGAAGAAGGCAUUAAGAUAUGGUAUGUACAUUUCAAUAGGUGUACUUUUAACGAGAACCCUAGACAGUUAAAAUCAAAAGUAUAUUAAAACACAACUUCUGAAAUUG